UAAACGCUACAACGCCGUUAUUUUAGACGAUUUCUCCGUAUACCUAAAAGCAUCUCCCAGCUUCUCGCGACCAGACCCCGUAUACAGCAAUAAUGGCGGCCCGGGCGGCGCUCGCUUUCUCUCUCCGGCGAUUCUCUCCUCGCACCCCGGCGGCGAAGAUUCCCCGGCGCGGUCUCGCCAGCGGCGGAGAUCAUCAUGGACCUCCGAAGGUUAACAUUUGGGAAGAUCCACUAAGCCCUUCUAAAUGGAAGGAAGAACAUUUUGUACUGGCCAGUUUAAGUGGCUGGGGUUUGCUAGGCUAUGGAGGAUACAAGCUUUUUGGUGGAAAGGCAGAGAAGAAGGAAGAGGUGGCUGCAGCAUCUGCACAUUAGACUCGACACUGCUGCAAAACUAUUUGUCUGUGGAUGCGUGGGAAUAAAAUAUGUUUUGGUUCAUCAAUUUCUGGGUCUUAUGUUCCAGAACAUGGACCAUGGAUGCUGUGAAUUUUUCCAUAUCAUGCCAAUGAAUUAUUUUGCUGUAUGGAAAUUCUUUAUUAUCUGUGUCAAUUUUCUUGGAUCAAAUUGCUAUGGAAAAUUCUGACAACUUUCUUAUUUGCUGACGCUUGUUUGUAAGAUUGAUAAUUUUUCUAAGCUUUGGUCUUCU